AUGCCUCCGCCUCAGCUGAAGAGCCGCCUAUCGAGAGACUGGAAUGGGAAAGCUGCAGAACGCGGAGAAGCUAGUGAGAGUGGUGUUGUUACCGGUGCUGCUGAGCGUCCCGAGGCUGAGGAGCGCCUCGUGCAGCGGGCGGCGGAGGCGGCGGCGGAGGCCGCGGCGGUGGUAGUCGUGGUGGCUGAGCGCCGGGAAAACUCUUCACCACCAGAAGGUCGCUCUCCGACGGGGCAGCCGAACCAGCCGAUACCCAGUGAGACAAACGGCGAGAGUGACGGCCGGUCCGAGACCGAGAGCGACGAGCCACAGCCGGGACCCAGCAGAGCAAACGGAAAAAAGAAGGAGGAAAUCCCGUGCGCCGUAUGUGAGUCACCAGCCGCCGGAUUCCACUUCGGCGUCUUCACCUGUGAGGGCUGCAAGUCAUUCUUUGGACGUUACGCCAAUAAGGAGAAACCGGUGUGCACCAAAGGCGGCAACUGCAACAUCCUGCUAGAUAACCGGAAAUUCUGCAAGGGAUGUCGCUACGCCAAGUGCAUCAAGGUGGGUAUGGACCGCGCAAACUCCCAGUUCGGUCGCCGUCCUGCCAGCUUCCGCUACACCCAUCCAGGCAGCUCGACCACUUUUCCGAAGGAGACUUCCAGCGGCUUGGCUACGGCUGGGACGUCCACGCCAGAGGAACCUGUUAAGGAAGAGGAGAACCAGCCCGCUCAGCUGAGGAUCUCCGACCAGCAUGAGGAGGAGCAGCAGCGUCAAAGGCAACAGCAGGAGCAGCAGCGUCAAAGACAAGAACAGGAGCAGCAGCGGCAAAGGCAGCAACAGGAGCAGCAGCGUCAAAGACAACAGGAGCAGCAGCAGCAGCGUCUGCAUCAUCAUCAGCAGCAGAGAGGACAGCUGGAGCAAGAGAUGCUGAACCAGUGGCAGAGGCGCCAGGAAAUCGACCAGGAAGUCAGUCAUCUGGAGGCCGAGUCUGCGCUGCUCGAGAGGGAGUCCCGCCGUGUUCGGGAGAGGAUCCAGCAGCUCACCGAGGAGCGUGAUCACAUCACGCGGCGUCUGAGCGGCGGAGCGGGCCCCUCUUCGGCCAGACAGGUGGAUGUCCAGCCGUCACGAGUUCAGGACCGUCCCAGCUCUGCCGGCCAGCGGCACCAGCCGUACCCUCAGCAGCGACCCGGCCCGGUGGCCAGCGCUGGCCAUCCGUCGCUGGUUGCCCCGGCGGCGUUCAGACCGGUACCGAGCGGCCAGGCCAACCCCGCGCCGGCCGUCAGCGGCUCGGGCGCUGCUGCACGCGCGCUGAAUGCCGAGAUGAUCAACUUGCUGCUGCAGCAGCACGAGAUGCGCACCACCCUGCUGAGCCAGCGUUUGGGCAUGCUGCCCUUCCCGUUGCCUCUGUCUCCGUCUCCGCCCAUGGAUGAGUUGGACCUCCGCGUGCCGCCGCCGGGCUCCCUUCACCCCUCUCUGCUGCAGGCGCACCGCAGGUCGGCUCCGCUGCCCGGCGAGCAGCCGCCCCGUGUCCCAGCUGUUCCGCCGCUGCAUCAGGAGCUGCUGCGGGCUUCGGAGGCGCGGCUGCCGCAGCUCCAGAUGCCCCGCCAGUCGCCCGUCCAGCGGCCCAGCAGUCACGGCGCUCCGCAGCAGCUCGACGCGAGUCUGGUGGAGAGCGAGCUGCUGCGCCGUCUGCGCCAGGUCUGCGGCGGCUGCGGCCGGGCGCCGACCGACUGUUAUUGUGAUAGCUCGCCCGUGGAUCUGACCAGAGCACCUGUCAACAAACGUAGUCACUAAUCUGGUGAUAGGAUACAAAUGUCUUCAGGACACCACCGAUAAGUAAGUUUAUUUACAUCGACAGCCAAGGGAAGAGACAACCUUGGUCAGGGAAUCAAGUUGUCAACCUUUGCGCAAAAGGAUACAAAGUGUCUAAAAGACACAUCUGAUAGGUCAUUUACGUUCGACGACAAGGAGAUUGAACAUCAUUUGUCAACUAAAUGAUUGACGCCAUUUUCACCUUUCCAUCGUACAUGCAUUGUCUUGCAUUUGCUGUAUUGUAAUUAUGUUUGUAUGUGUUGUGUUUUGUUGUAUGCAUUUGUAGUGUAAUUUAUUGAUUGUAUUGCUAUGCUGUGUUUUGUCAGAUGCAUUGCAUCAUGCAUGCAUUGUGUUGCACAAUACAAUACAUUGUAUUGUAUUGUGUGAUACAAUGCACAAAUAUUGUAUUGUAAAUAGUAUUGUAUUGCAUUGAACUCGGGUCGGCCAGACCAUAUAGUUGCUAAUCGAGCAAUAGAAUAGCAAUAAUUCUGUGAGUAAGUUAUGUAGUUUUGUCCAGACAUUGAUAGGGUGAGGGAAGGGGAUUACUAGCCCUGGAGGCUAGAGUCACGUAGAGGCUGCUAGUGUAGUUUGUUGUUGUCAUGCCACGUCAUGCCACCUGUCAUCCCGGCGGUGCGCUGCCGGGCUGAAAGGCGAUUCCUUGUCGCUUUUCAUGUUAGAUUUAGUUGAUAGAUUUAGUUAACCAUUUGCUUGUCAUAACUGUUUUCGUGAUAUUUAUUCACUUUCGAUGAUAACACAAAAGCAAAUAUUCUAAAUAGCCAUUAUCAUCGAAAGUGAAUAAAUAUCACAAUGUCUGACACGAUACAUAACUGUUUUUGUUUCGAUCGUAGAUGUUUGGUAGUGUUGUGUAGUGAAAGUGAGCUCAGGUGAUGGCUUGUAUAUAUAUUGGACAGGAGUGUAGUAAAGAGCCAGUAGCCUACGAAUAUAU